AUAAGCCAGAUUGCGCAGCGAUUGUGCUCCCCGCACCUCACUCCACUAGUCCAUGUUCAAAAUUUCCAAAAUGGUCAACAGUAACCACGGGAUAUGAGUGUAUGCUAGAUGGCUCCAACGUCGACUUUGUUGCGACACAUCUAAAGCAUUGAGUGACCACCGCCUGGCGCGUGUGAAACUGGCCGGCAAUCAACACGUGCACGCGCGAUAUCAGUUUUAUAAUUUGGUAAAUUGUGCGUUUCGUAAAAAAUAAAAAAAUGUGCUCAUAUAACUGGUAGCACUAUUUCUCAGUUCAAAGUGGCUUGCUGAACAAUUAUUUCAUACAGGAAUUACAAUCUCCAAAAAUUACUUUUACACAAAAAGAUUUUUGCGAAAGUCCUGAAAGUUUACUAUAGGAUAUAUCCUCUCAAGAGGAAGUGUGUGACUUCGAGAUAGCGUGUUGCUAGCUUAAGUACGUUAGUGCGUGCAAAAGUGAAAAAAGAAAACAUGAAAAGUGUGAAAUCGUGCCACUGAGUCGAGUUGUGAAGUUCACGCCAACUAAAUAAAAAUGACUUCGUUUAAGGUAAAAUGCGGUGCGAAAUUCUGCGAAGCAGUCAUCUCCUUCGUUGCCGGAUGACAAGUCCAAAGACUCCGAGAACUCACCAAAUAAGAGUAUGGAAGAUAAUAGGGAUACAAACAAGAUGAGGAAAGUAGAUGAGGAUACAGAUUCUGACGGAGUCACUGAUGACGUCAACGAAGUAGAGCCGGAAGAAGAUGAAAUGGACAAUAAGGAUGGCACUCUUGAAAUUGACGAAGGUGGAAGUGAAGGCGAAGAUCGGAGUGAAGACGCAGACAAGGAUCCCCUUGCUCAAGAGAAUGGCAACCUUGAAGUAGAUGAGGAUCCGAGUGAGGACGAAGACGAGGAUCCCCUAGCUGAAGAGGGUCUUCUAGAGAUGUCAAUCUAUGAAUCCGCAUGGAUAUCGUUCAAGUAUAAAAAAUCGAAUCUGUGAGAAGUAGAAAGUGCAAAUUAAG